UUGAACGCUGCAUGAAUGCUGUGUUUCUAUUGGCUACAAGCGAACCGAUUUCGCGCCGUUCGGAAUCACCGGAAGUGAGGGACAGCAGCUGCAGGACGACGGGAUUGUACUCUUAUUUUUCCGCGAAUAAACAUUUUAAAGGCUUCACGACACUUUGAACCGCUUCAAAAUGCGGGGGGAUGAAACUGAUUCCGACUCUGAUUCGAUUCAGAGAAGCCUUGAAGCGCUUUGUCAAGAAUUAAACAUGGACGAGGAGACGGCGACGGAGGCGAUGCAAAACUUUACUUCUAUCUGGAACACAUACACUCUGGAGGGUGAGGUGGUGCACUGGUUGGCCUGCUCUCUGUAUGCAGCUUGUAGAAAAACUUCCACUCCCACUAUAGGUAGUGGCAUGGUGGAAGGCAAUUGUGUCUCUCUCACCAGAAUACUACGUUCCUCCAAACUCAGCCUGAUCCAAUUCUUCAGCAAGAUGAAGAAAUGGGCAGAUAUGUCAAAUCUCUCGCAGGAUUUCCGUAACCGCAUAAGCUGUCUCGAGAGGAAUUUUGAAGUGUCGACUGUAAUCUUUCGGAAAUUUGAGCCAAUAUUUUUGGACUUGUUCCAGAAUCAUCAAGGUGAACCUCCACGGCAGCCAAGAGGCAGGAAGCAUAGGCGACUUCUCUGCCACACCAGUGAUGUUUUCAAGUUCUGUUGGACGCUGUUUGUGUACACCAAAGGCAAUUUCUGUAUGAUUGGAGAUGAUCUGGUCAACUCGUAUCAUCUCCUUUUGUGCUGUCUGGACCUGGUCUAUGGUAAUGCUCUACUCUGUGCCAACAAGAAAGACCUCAUCAAUCCACAUUUCAAAGGCUUGCCAACAGAUUGUGGGGGCUCAGAAGAGGCUCAGUGCGUGCUUGAGCAUUUGUGCGAACUGCACGAUGGUCUAGUUGUUGAGGCUAAAGGGAUAAAAGAGCACUACUUUAAACCUUACAUCAGAAGUCUGUUUGAGAAAAAAAUUCUUAAAGGAGACAAGGACACGCUUACUGAGUUGCUGGACACUCCAAACUUCCAAGACAAUAACAAAGCCAUAAAUCGUGAAUAUGAAGAAUAUGUCCUGACGGUGGGUGACUUUGAUGAGCGAGUGUUUUUGGGUGCUGAUGCGAAUGAGGAGAUUGGCACACCACACAAAAUUACCCCUAAGCCGCCAUCCAGUCAGUUAUCAGCCCGAAUGCAGGUGGAGAACAACCUUCAGCAGCACUUUGAGAAGAUGCGUUCGCUGGCCCCUUCAACUCCACUUACAGGGCGUAGGUACCUGAAGGAGAAGGAGGUACUGAUCACACCAGUCUCUUCAGCUACUCAAAGUGUGAGUCGCCUGCAGAGCAUGGUGUCCGGCCUCUGCAAUGCCCCUACUGAUGCCCUGCUCCAGAUCUUCAAGUCUUGUUCUCGUGACCCCACUGAAGCCAUUUUAAAUCGUGUGAAGAAGCUAGGAGAGACUUUCAAACAGGCCUACACCAAACAAACAGAUGAUCUUCCGGGAGCACAUAUUGACUUUGCAGAAAACCGUCUGAAGAUAGCUGAAAUACUGUAUUUUAAGAUUCUGGAGAAUGUUAUGGCUCAAGAGAUUAAGAGACUCCAGGGUAAAGAUAUGACUGUGCUGUUAGAACAGGAUGUGUUCCACUGUUCUCUUUUGGCCUGCUCUCUAGAAGUUGUGCUGUUUGCUUACAGUUCUCAACGAACGUUCCCUUGGAUUUUGGAAACUUUCCAGCUUAGACCAUUCUAUUUUUACAAGGUGAUAGAGGUGUUCAUCCGCUCUGAGGAGGGCCUAUCUAGAGACAUGGUGAAGCACUUGAAUGUCAUAGAGGAGCAGGUACUGGAAAGCAGGGCUUGGACCAAAGACUCAGUACUGUGGGAGGCAUUAGAGAAUGCUAAUUCUGAAGUCCCUACUGUAGCAGAGGUAAAUUUUCCUAGUAGUCUUGAUUCAGGCCACAACAGCAGUAGUGGGGGCCCUACCCACCUUCCUCUGGUGGCUCUGUCACCUAUAAUGCACCCUCGUCUCCGAGAGGUCCGCACUGGCCUGGGCUCCAGUGCUCGUAAAGAUGCUCCUCCAUCUCCCAUCUCUCUCCAUGACCGCUUCAGUUCUCCAGCGGCAGGCAGUGCCAAAAGGCGUUUGUUUGGUGAUGAUCCUCAACCUCAGUCUCCAGUGAAGCGAAUAUCUGUCACCCCCGUGAAAAUCAUACCCAACACUUCUACAGAAAACAACAACCAGAACAUGACCACAGCAACUGUCCUCUCCAUGGCUACUUCUAACGGCCAGCAGCUCAACAUCCCAUUGCCAGUGAUGAAGAAUGACAUGGGAAGUAUCACGGUAAUCCAGGUACAAGCGAACCAGCUGAACCCCCUCACCGCCCAGGUGCUGCUCACCUCCCCAAACAAAGCCCCUGAGGUACAUACACAACCAACCAACAGACCACGCCGCACAGGAUCCCUUGCACUCUUUUUCCGCAAGGUGUAUCAUUUAGCAAGUGUGCGUCUCAGAGAUCUAUGUCUAAAGCUGGACAUCUCUGCAGAAUUAAGGGGCAAAAUCUGGACAUGCUUUGAGCAGUCUUUGGUCCACUGUACAGACAUGAUGAAGGAUAGACAUCUGGAUCAGCUCUUGCUCUGUGCGGUCUACAUCAUAUGCAAGAUCUCAAAAGAGGAGCACACUUUUCAAGACAUAAUGAAAUGUUAUCGGACUCAGCCUCAAGCAAGCAGCCAUAUAUACCGCAGUGUGCUGCUGAGGAAAAGAGUCAACGAACAGCAGGCUGAUGACAAAAUGGAGGUUGAUCCACCAACAGAUCAAACCAACGGCAGGACAGAUCAGGGUGCCAAAGCUAAGGCUGACAGCGAAUCGGAUGAGGACAGGGGUGACCUCAUCCAAUUCUACAAUUCUGUUUAUGUUCUGAAAAUGAAAUCUUUUGCACUCAGAUAUGCUCAUCCAGCAGCUGAUAGUAGAGUGGAUGCACCCCCGUUAUCUCCAUUCCCCUCACUGCGAGCUCAGCCUCUCUCCCCACGGCGAAUAUCUCAGAGACACUCCGUCUAUUUGUCUCCUCACAAAAAUGGUUCCUGCCUCAAACACAGCUCUGCCUACACAUACAAGUUUACUGGCAGCCCAUCUAAGGAGUUGAGCGACAUCAACCGAAUGAUCCGUCAGGGAAGUGUGAGCAAGAAGAGAGCUUUUACCAUGGAGGGAGAUGAGACCGAGUCUCCUACCAAACGUUUGAGCCAGGAGAGUGAGGAUGUGCUGCUCAAACGCCUGCAGGAUGUUGUGACUGAGAGAGCCAAUCACUGACUGAUCAUGCACGUGAUGCAUGUGUCCCCUCUCAAUGAUGAAGCUGCAACUUAUAAAGUUUGUAACAUUCACAGACCAAUUACAAUGCAGCAUGACCUUUAUAACCAAAGAGCACCUCACAGUCCUGGCCAGGGUGCUGAGCCAGUGGAUCAUGAUUGACAGUCUAUUGUAGAAAAUUAAAAAUUGUGGGCUUUGGUAGGAUUUCACAUUCCUUGAAAAUUAGGUAAGUACUUGGGUAUUCAUUUCAAUCAUUCUCAAAAGGCAGCAAAAUAAGUUAGCAACACAUUGUUUAACCAGACAUUGUACUUUAUCUUGCCCCUAUGGUAUAUGAAGCAUCAUUCACAGCACUCUGGAGGGGAAAAAAAAAAAUCACACACAGAUUUUCUGUAUACAUUAGGAUGUAUAAAUGGGGCUUAAGUGAUUAUUUUACUGACCACAUCAUUAGUGUGUUCAACCUUUGUGCUGCAAACACAUGUAGCACUGUAUUAUGUUGUGUAGUAUCUACACUUCUGAGUUAUUAUUAUUUUAUCCAAGUCAUGUUAUGUGGAGAAAUUUGUGUUCUGAUGUACAUCACUAAUAGCAUUGGUAUAUAAUGUCACCAAUUUAAUCUUCUUAAGCCUUAGAUGCUUUGGCUUGAACAAAGUCAGUGUUUACACGGUCUUUAAUUGUGGUCUCUGUGAUUACUCAUUUUAGUCUUAUAUUCUUAUUCAUUCAUAUUUUUUUAUUGUUUUGUUUCCACUGUAAUGGAGCAAGUAAAUAUUUUAAAAACCUCCAUUUAUUAAUUUGGAAUAUUCUCGGUAUUCUCAGGAAGUCUUUUAUCUUUGGACCUGAAUAAUUUUAGGGUGAGAAUCAAGCCUUAGCCUUCUGAGGACAUUGUUGGAUAUUAUUGUUUGUUGUUCAGAAUAGUGUUUUUGAAUGUCUUGUUAAUACACAGCCAAUAAAUUAUUAUUGGUUAAAAGGCU